AGGAGGCUCUCGGCGGAGAGGGCGCAGUGGCUGCAGCAUCACUGGAGAGGAGGUUCUAAACCACAACCCACUUAACUGUAAUAAUGUCGGACCUUUGCGUUGGAAUCAAUGGUUUUGGCCGCAUUGGCCGUCUGGUCCUCAGGGCCUGCCUCCAGAAGGGUAUCAAAGUCACAGCCAUCAAUGACCCUUUCAUUGAUCUGCAGUAUAUGGUCUACAUGUUCAAGUAUGACUCCACCCACGGACGUUACCGCGGAGAGGUGCGCCAGGAGGACGGCAAGCUGAUCGUCGAUAACCAUGCUAUCUCUGUUUUCCAGUGUAUGAAGCCUGCUGAGAUCCCAUGGGGUGAUGCUGGUGCUACAUAUGUUGUUGAGUCCACUGGAGUCUUCCUCAGCAUUGAGAAGGCAUCUGCUCACCUGCAGGGUGGCGCUAAGCGCGUAGUCGUUUCUGCCCCAUCCCCUGACGCCCCCAUGUUUGUGAUGGGAGUCAAUGAGGACAAGUAUGACCCCUCCAGCAUGACCAUCGUCAGCAAUGCAUCCUGCACAACUAACUGCUUAGCUCCCUUGGCCAAGGUCAUCCAUGACAACUUUGGUAUUGAGGAGGCCCUCAUGACCACAGUGCAUGCCUACACCGCUACCCAGAAGACAGUGGAUGGCCCCUCAGCUAAGGCCUGGCGCGAUGGUCGUGGUGCCCACCAGAACAUCAUCCCUGCAUCCACUGGUGCCGCUAAGGCUGUCGGCAAAGUCAUCCCUGAGCUCAACGGCAAGCUGACAGGCAUGGCUUUCCGUGUGCCUGUGGCCGAUGUGUCCGUGGUGGAUCUUACCUGCCGUCUCUCAAAACCGGCCAGCUAUGCUGACAUCAAGGAAGCCGUCAAGAAGGCUUCACACGGACCUCUGAAGGGAGUUCUGGGAUACACAGAGGACUCAGUUGUGUCCUCUGACUUCAUUGGUGACACCCACUCCUCUAUCUUCGAUGCUGGUGCUGGUAUUUCCCUAAAUGACAACUUUGUCAAACUCAUCUCCUGGUAUGACAAUGAGUUUGGCUACAGCCACCGUGUCGCUGACCUCUUACUGUACAUGCACACCAAGGAGUAAAUGUGUUUCCUAACACAUUGAGAAGCCCAGUCGGGACCACCAUUUCUUCUUUUACACGCACUUAAUGUCAUAGCUCAAGCCAUAGUGACAUGCCCUAGCAUCCUCCCACCCCACUCUCUACAAGACGAGUUAGUCUCUGUAGUAGUCUGUGUGCGAGUGUUAGUUUUCCUUUAUGAAAAAAAAAAGUCCCACUUGGAAGCGGUUUUGACUUUGACAGUAUUUGUGUCUGUGUCGCCCCACAAGCAUUGCUGUAGAUGUUACCAUACUGGAUGUAACCAUGUUAUAUUGGUGUUAUGAAUUGAUGGUUAAAAGUUAAGUAAGGAAAAGGCUAUUGUAACAAGAUUUAAGAGAUAAUAACUAUAAAAUAAAGAGUUUGAAAAAUA